GCCCGGACCCGGGCUCGGGGGCUCGGGCGAGAGAAUGUUCGGGGCCAGGCCCGGGUCCUGGGCAGCGUCUGCCUGUCCAAUACGGGCAGCUCGUGUUUGUUUUGCGGAGAGAGCCGUCGUUUUUGUUCUCCGCGCGGGGGGCACGGGGGAUUCGGUGUUGGCGGUGCGGGUUCUCCAGCUCACAUUAGAUUCCGUUCGGCGUGGCCUUGUUGUAAUUAACACGACUGCACGUUUCCCCGGCCUCGUCCGGGUCUCUCUCGGAAUCGGCCCAAGGGCCAGGCCCCAGGCGCCAGCCGAUCGCCAGGUUGGGGCAGACUUGUUGAAAACUCCCGGCUCCCGGAAUUCAACUUUAUUAUUUUUUUCCCACGGCCUCACCCGGGUCAGGGAGGGAAAGGAGCCGCCGCGACGUUCGAGUGUCAGCGCCCGCGGGCCUGUCCUGACCCCUUAUUUAAAGCCUGAAAACCCGGCAGGCCCCAUGGCAAGCUAUGUUUAUGUUGAGGGGUGUCAUUUCUCGAGUAACGCCUUGGUCUCUCAAAACCACUGGGGACGAGCCUCCAGUCUAGCCGUGUCACAAGUUAGCUGUCCUUUCUGAGUCAAACCCAACAAAAAAGGCAAGAGGAAAAUCAAUAAAGUCCACGUGCUCCUGGGCCUCCUAUGGAAAGGGCUGUCUGCAGAUGGCCGGAUGCCCGGCCGAGGGCUGGGUUUGGCUCCAGUGGGACAAAGAAUUUUCAGAACCGUGAGAAGGAGAGGCCUUCCAAAGUUGAGAUCCAAGUCUUCCCCGCUGUGGGAGCUCCCCUGGUGUGCAGGGAGCCCAGUGCCCGGACUAGAGCCAUUUAAAAAUGGCAGAAACAGCUGCAGGCCAAGACACACACAGGAAAACAAGCUCACAACCCCCUCUCUGGGAAUCCCGGAGUUGUCCCCUGCCUUAGAUCUCUGCAAAGAAAGAACUGUUGUCUGGGUCCUUCUGUCACCAACCUGGAGGGAGAAGAAAUGGGUGACGGUGGGUGACACAUCCCUGAGAAUCUACAAGUGGGUCCCUGUGACGGAGCCAAAGGUUGACGAUAAAAACAAGAACAAGAAAAAGGGCAAAGAUGAGAAGUGUGGCUCUGAGGUGACCACCCCGGAGAACAGCUCCUCCCCGGGAAUGAUGGACAUGCACGAUGAUAACAGCAACCAGAGCUCCAUCGCAGAUGCUUCCCCCAUCAAACAAGAGAACAGCAGCAACUCCAGCCCUGCCCCAGAGCCCAACUCAGCCGUGCCUGGUGAUGGCACCGAUGCCAAGGCGGACGAGGCCCAGACCGAUGGGAAGGAGCUGCCUGGGGCCGAAGAUGCUUCUGACGAGCAGAACUCACAGUCCUCGAUGGAAAACUCGAUGAACAGUUCAGAGCAAGUAGAACGGCAGCCAUCUGGAGAUGCAGGUCUGGCUGCAGAGACAUCCACAAUCUCUCAGGAUUUGGAAGGAGUGCCACCCUCUAAAAAGAUGAAACUGGACGCUUCGCAACAAAACUCCGAGGAGAUGUAGACACCGAAUUCAGUCCUCUGAUCCACAUCUCACGAGAGAUGCAUCAGCAGGCUUCAUUCUCGAACAACCUCACCCGAACGGAUCCCUGUCGGGUGUGAAGGGAACUACUAACUUUUCAAGUUUACCAAGUGCAAAUCCAAGAAAACCAAGAACAGCGUAACUUCUCAGACACUGAAAGAACUCUCUGCUGUGAAGCAAAACACUCGAAUCUUGAAGUGACUGUCCUGGGGAAGGCGGGGUCGACAGCUCAGGAGCGUCUGCACACUGUCUCUGAAGCCAAGAUUACAUUUGCGUUGCUGCUGUAUUGUCCCCCCCUCCCCCCACCUCUCUAUUUAACGAUAUAAGCUAUUUGAGGGUGGUACUGAUCAGGAAUUCGCUUUUUCAUCGGGGCUUUUCACUGUUCAACCGAUUCCUUCCGCUUUCUUUUUUUGUGCCUUGUGCCCCUGAGGUGACCUCUGGCAUGUUCUCCUGGUUGUUUUGCUUCUCCCCUUGCAAAGUGCCCUCUUGGUUCCAUGAAGGCGGCCAUUGCCCUGGUCCUUGCAUCUCUCUCCUCCCUGCCCCAGGACUUCAGCAGGAGCGGACUAGGCAGGGAGAAGGAGAGCCUGAGGCCGCAGAAGAGCAGGACCUCCCCUGCCACCUGAUUUCCAGGUGCAAGGGGGCUAAGGGGCAUGCCCCAAGCUCCAGGUAGGGGCAACACCAGUCUCCAGGGUCCAAGGAGUCUCCGAUAUCUGGGCACUAUCCCCAAGCGCUUCCUCAGAGUAUCUGAGGCUGGUGUUUCCAAGCCCUCAACAGCCCAGACAGAGGCACAGAGCCCUUUGAUUGUUCUGGCACUUCCCCCCCCUGUCCCCACCAUACCGCCUUCUCCCACACCUCUGAAGACUGGAUGGCUUCUGCUGCUGACUGCAGGAUUGUCUCCUUAAGACGUUAAAAGGGGCGGAGGAGCCUGGGAGCUGAUGGCAGGAGUAGUUGGUGCUGAACUUUCAUAGGACGUCGCUUGGAUUUCAGAUCCUCAGUGACCUGCUGCCCUCUGCCUCCCCAGCUCUACCCCGGCCCCACCCGCAGGGGAGGCAGGAUUGCAGUCAGCCAGCCUGCUGGCUUCUGCGUAACGUUCCCGACUCCCAGAGCCAACAGUCGGAUCACUUCUCAUUCCCGGGAUGCGCUGAAAGCCCCCACCGUGACGGGGCCUUGAAGGCCAGAAACGAGGCACCAAGGAACUGGAGAGCUUUGCGCUCCUCCAGGAAGGGGCCAUCAGGUCCCCCUGCCCCUGCCCCCGAGUCAGCUUCCUCUCACUAAAAUGGACGUGGCUUGGACGAACUGCCUAAUUUUUUGGUUCUGAGGCCUGGUUUGCUCUUAAUUCCUAUCUGGACUCCUCAGACCUUAACCCUCCUCCUGAGCUUUCUUUACUGCACUGGAGUUCCAACUCCCUUUGAGGUGUAUGGGGUGGGUGGAGGGAGGGUUCUGGGUUUUGUUGGUCGUUUUGUUUGUUUGUUUGUCUGUUCGUUUGUUUUGGGGUUUUUUUUUUUUUGGCUAAUUGGUGCAUAUUCAGGGAUCACCUUUCACGUGUGGAUCUCUCUCCUGACCACCAUGGGAAGUGUCUGCCAGAUUCCAUUUUCUAAGAGUUUCUGAGGGUGAGGCUCUUUUAUUUUUAUUUUUAUUUUUUGAAGGGAGCCAAUCUAUUUCCUGCACUUCAAGAAGAAUCAAAAAUGUUCCUGAAUUCUCAAAUACCUCAUGCAAAAAUGUCUCCUGAAAUAAGGGAAGAAAAACACACACAAACUUUGAAAAAUCUUAAUGUUGAAGUUAGCGAUGCCGAAAGGUUUCUGUCUUAAAAAAAAAAUCUUAGCAGUUUUGCCCCUCAGGCAGUCGGUUCUGUGGAGAACUGUGUUCUGCAUUACCUCUCAGCGGAUCUCAAGGCAGUUUACCUCCAGAUCCCAUACUUAGAGUUAACUCUUUUCUUUGCAGCAAAACUCCAUUUGGAUGAAAGAUGAAUUUGGAUAUUUAUUUCCCCUUUUCUUUGGGAAAUGAGAGGUUACAACCAGGACAGUGAAUCUCGCACGCACACAUGCGCGCACAGACACACGCGCAUCCACGGAAACGCAGGGUCCUCUAUGGGCCGCCAAGGGGAGUCGACGCGGUUGAGAACGAAUGCAGAGGACACCGAGUCUGUCGUUCGUUUUUUCUCUGAAGUGCCUGAAGGUAGGAAUGGGCCAGGGUUGGGGACUGAUCGCCCCCCGCCUCCGCCACGGCCUCGUCAGUCAGCGCGCCAGCGGCCCCGCACCCGGUCCCCGCCAGCCAGGAAGGCCUUCCACGCGGGGUGAUGAGACUGCAAAAAUCCAGAUGUGCUUCCUUCCCCGAAGCGGCCCGCUCCUCGGAGCCCCUCCUCCCCACCCCGUCCUGCACCCCUCGCCCUCCUCCCACCGCAGAAUCUAAGACCUUUCAGCCGCAGCCGAGCCAGGGGCGGGGGAGCCUAAGCAAAUGCCUUCCUUGGACACCGGGCCCCGCCGCCCAAAGGGCUCCCAGGGCAAACUCAUUCCCCGACAAACUUGAACUUGGGGACGCUGCAGCUACACAUUCCACAAAGUGCUGGCACUUACACCCAUAACCCGAAGGCAGUAGACCGCCUCACAGGGUGGUGACCUCCCAUUGCAAACGACGUCAUGGUUUGGAAUGUUCGUUAUCAGCCAAGGACCUGGUUAGAGGUAUACAGACCUUUUUUCACCGUUACCUAAUUUUUGUUUCUCCUUUCGGUUUUGUUUUGUUUUGUUUUGGUGUGUUGUACAGCAGUAUAAUUUUUCACUUAUUUAUUCCAUCAGUAGAUAUGGUUUGUACAAUGUACAAUGGUUCCAUUUCAGAAAAUAAAAAAAAAAUUCAAAUCGUGAA